AUUUUGAUUUGUUUGAUCGAUCACCAACAAUUACAGGAAUGAAGGAUUUGCUUCUAGUAUGACCAUUGCCAAAAGUAUUGCAUCUGAAAUGGGUGUAGAGCCAUCAUUUUCAGUGAAGCGCAAGGCUCAAAGGAAGAAACAUUUUGAUGAAAUUGACACCAAUGAAGAAAUUCUACAAGCUGAGAAGGCUUUUGAGGUCAAUUACUUCUUGGUCGUGGUUGAUAUGGCAAACACCUCAUUGAAAAGUAGAUUUGAAGAACUACAAACAUUCAAAAGUAUAUUUGGGUUUUUACUUAGCUCAACAACUUUGAAGUCACUAAAUGAUACUGAAUUAGAAGAUUGUUGCACCAAAUUUGCGAAAACAUUCUCUUCGCAUGACACAUCUGAUGUGGAGAAAGAAGCUUUUCAAAGUUGAAACUGUUGAAGAAUUAUUUAAGAUCUACGAUGUCUCAACAACGGCUGAACGGGCUUGCCACUUUAUGUAUUGAGAAGAAAUUAUUAGACGAGGUUGACAGCAACACCAUCAUCAACGACUUCGCAUCAAGAAAUGUUAGAAGAAAUUUUUGAAGGUAAUAU